CUUGAUCCGGCCGGCGGAUCACGCGAUAUACACGGAAGCGGCGGAAAAAUAGGCUACCGCGGUCGUUCGGUCGUCGAGAGGUCGCGCGCGCGACAAUUCCAGCAGCGGGAAAUCAGAUCGGCCUGGAGAGACUCGCCACUCGUCCGCUCGUUGACGUACGGAUAGGGUUUCGCUUCUCAAUUACCGCGAUAUUCGCACCACGAGAGCGUUUACUGCGAAGGGGCGGCGGCGGAGGAGGGCGGGGAAUUUUUCGAACGCGGCGAAGAGGACCUUGGACGCAUUUACGCAUCUCACGUUCGAGUCGAGCCAUCGUCAUCGCGGUCGAUCGCGGCUGCGUGAUUGUCGCGAUGCCGAUUUAGCCAGACCCUAAUCGAAAGCCGAUGAACACCGCGCCGCACCUCGGUGAUUCGCGCGCAAUAAGUCGCACGGCGGAGAACGCGCGACUGCAGCUGUGCGGAUCCGUCGCGAUCGGCGCGAUCGACGCGAGCGAGUCUCCGACGAGCCCGCGACAUUGGCGACCGGCGUUCGUUGACACCGCAGAUGUGCACGGCGCGUUAAUCAGUGUCGCCGCUUUGCUUACGCGUGAUAUUCGAUUGCGGAGGCAGGCUUGCUUGCGGGAGGACGAAGAGUGCAUCAGGUGCAUCGGGUGGUGGCAGCGCGCCGGUGAGAAGCGCGCGCGCGCGGCGGCUCUUUCUCUUUCGCCUUAGCACCGAUCCUCCUUCUCGUGGCUCGUCAGUUUCUCACCCUUUGGACACGUACAUACGCGCGUAAGGCUUCCGCUUCUGAGCUUCCAGUGGCGCACCGAGUGCCCGGCUGUUUCGUCGGAUCUCAUCUUUUAUUAUCUUCUCGUAGUCGGCUCGUCCGGGCCUAGGUUGCAUACGGCGUAAGAUCGUGCCGCGUCGCGGAAAUACCGUGGGAUUAAACAACGGGGUGUGAAGAAGGGAGGAAGAAGAAGAAGGAGAGGAGGAGGGGGAGGAAGAGCAGGAGAAGAAGAACAUGGUGCUGGAUGUGCCGAACGCCGUCGACGUCAGGCCGGAGUCAGCUGCGCCGCGGCAUCGUGCGACAGGCGCCACGCUCUCUUGGCAACACCUGUCUGUCUACGCGAUGGACCGGAACCGACGAACCAUAAGCAAGCAGCUCGUCAACAGCGUCCGGGGUGUGGUACUACCGGGUGAACUCACCGCGAUCCUCGGGGGCAGCGGUGCCGGGAAAAGCUCGCUGAUGACGACAUUGGCGUUUCGCACGGGACCCGGCAUCGUGGUGCACGGUGACGUUUACGUGGACGGAGUCUCGACCACGUCGUCGUACAUGAGAUGUCACAGUGGUUUCAUGCACCAGGAGGACAUGUUCAUCGAGACGAUGACGGUGCUGGAGCACAUCUGGUUCAUGGCUAGGAUGAAACUAGACGGCAGGAUCCACACGUCGGACGUGCGACUGAGGAUCGAUCACCUGCUGAGGGACGUCGGUCUGACCGAGAGACGCGAUAUCCGCAUCGGCGGCGGUGAUGACGGCAAGGUCUUGUCAGGCGGCGAGAAGAAAAGACUGGCCUUCGCUACUGAGCUGCUGACAGACCCUGAGAUACUGUUCCUGGACGAGCCGACGACGGGACAAGACGCGCACUCGGCCAGCGUCCUCGUAUCUCACAUGAUCUCCUUCGCGUCGAGAGACCGGACGAUCCUGUGCACUAUACAUCAGCCCAGCUCCGUCAUCUUCGAUAGUUUCCACCGUAUAAUCCUUUUGGCCGGCGGCAGGAUGGCGUUCGCGGGUACCAGCGCGCAAGCGGUACAGUUCUUCUCCAGCCAGGGGUACACGUGCCCGCGUAAUUACAACCUAGCUGAUUUCCUGGUGGCGACCCUGGCGAUUGCACCUGGCGACGCGGACGGUAGCGGGAGAACCGCCCAGAAGAUCUGCGACGCUUUCCUUACGAGCGAAGCGUGCAACGAGAUCGAUGUUAUACUGCAACGGGAGCUCGAGAUCGCUCGUCCGCAGUCCGUUUGUAAGGACUCCGUCCGCAAAUCGCGCGUCUUCGAAGAGCCGUGCUGCUGGCUGCGGUUGUACUGGUUGAUCCACCGCGGGUUCCUGCAAGUCCUGCGCGAUCCCUCGGUGCAGUCGAUCAGGAUCCUGCAAAAAGUGAGCGUCGCGGUAGUCGCCGGCCUGUGCUUCGUAGGCGCUGUCAACCUCGACCAACUAGGCAUUCAAGCUACAGAGGGUAUCAUAUAUAUCCUGGUGUGCGAGAACACCUUCUUCCCCAUGUACGCGACCUUGGCGUUGAUCCCGCAAGAACUGCCGCUUCUACUCCGCGAAUACCGAGCGGGCAUGUACUCGAUUCAUCUUUACUACGUAGCGCGAAUGAUAUCGCUAGUGAGUAAAGUUUCUCUUCGUCAGUUAUCGCGCUUGCUGCCGACGAUUCUCUUCGCGCUAUCCUGUCGGAGUCGAAACUUUCAGAUACCCGGUCUGCUAGUGGAACCGGUGCUCUUCACCGUCAUAAUAUACUGGCUAACAGGACUGCGUCCUGCGAUAGAUGCUCUUGGCUUCACGCUGUUGGUAGUUGUAUUCACCAUGAACGUAUCUACCGCUUGCGGAUGUUUCUUCUCGGCCGUCUAUGAGAGCGUGCCAUUGGCGAUGGCGUAUCUAGUGCCUUUCGACUAUAUUCUCAUGAUAACCAUGGGACCUUUCGUCAAACUCAGCUCGCUGCCGAUAUACGUUCGAUGGUUGAAAUAUUUCUCCUGGCUGCUGCAUUCGACGGAAGCCCUCACCAUCAUCCAAUGGAGAGGCGUGCAUAAUAUAUCCUGCGAAACUAGCGAGCCGGAACUGCCUUGCCUAACCGAGGGCUCGCAGGUGUUGGAUCGCUACGACUUCGACGAGGGCGGCUUUUGGACCGAUAUCGUCCUCAUGGCAGGCAUCUACGCCGUUUUCCAUCUCCUGGCGUACGUCUUCCUGUGGAAGCGAUGCAGAUCGCAGUAGACUCUUACGCGCUAAUUCUACCGAGCGAUUAACAACGAUCACUAAUUGCGACGCACACUUCUGUAAAAUAUAUAAGCGAAAUAACGUGACGCCGCGGGUCACGCGUGUCCAAUUUGCAGAAUUACUAACUCGAGCAUUGCGCAUCCCGCAGAUGCGUCGUAACUCUUCUCCGUGUCAAGUACAAUUCUUUUUAACAACUUGUUGUUAAAAUAUAUCUCAUUAUUAUUGCAAUAUACAGAACUGUAAUCCGAUUAUUCGAUUGUCUUCAUUCUCCAAAGGUCGAGUCGAUGCGUCAAAAUGGUCAAAUGGUUUCGCAGAUUUCGUAGCUGAAAAAUUACCUUCUCACCGAGCAAAGCCCGGCCAAGCUAACUUGCGUUGCGAAAGUUUCACAACCGCACACACACACACACACACACACACACGGAAAGAGCGAAGAUAUUCGUGUUUGUUCCUAUUACGCUCGCACUCCGGUAUUCCACUGUCAGUACCGGCAAUAUUACCGGCGGAUACCGUUCCGGUGGGCGUCGCGAUAGGCUCGGCGCGGUGAGGCAACAAUGAACUUCGAUGCUUUCAUGAAUACCUCUAUAAUUCGAACGAAAUUUCGAUACUUUCGCCUGUCGACUUUAUAUCUCGUUUUUGUACUUUUUUCUUUCUUUGCGAACGAAUACCUUCAUUCUUGUAUUCGCGUGAACGUGUCAUUUUUCGCUUCGCUUUCACUUUAACUUCGUCCCAUUAACAUUUCUAUCGUUAAACAAAAGUGAAACUCGAUUUUUUGUCAAUUCGAAACAGACACACCGAGCUGCGGGUAUGCCGGUAGUGCGUAAUGUAACGUAGAAUGGAAUGUAUUGUAAAGAGAAAAUAUUAAGUAUCGCUUCUCGAUUACUUCAUAUACGCGUGAGCACUUGAUAAACUCAUCCAACUUUUUGAGCCAACGAGAAAGAGUAUUUUUCGGACGUGUUCAGAUUCGGUGACACGAGCUACUGUUAACCUGCAGCUUUACGGAAGGAAAGUCGAUUGUAAAUAUUAUAUUUGCGACAAAUAAUUGUCGUCGUAUAUUCGUAAAAAAUCUCUCGCUGCGAAGCAUGCACUGGUCGUUCCGUUUCGUCGUGUCGAUAUACGCCGCUGAGCAACGAGCGUAAACGAUGCCAGCGAG